AUGACAAAAUCACAAAUCAUUGGAACUAUCGAAAUUGUUAAAGAUGAGUGGAAGGUAUUUGAUUUUAAUGAGAAUUUGAUUAAAGGUUAUGAAAUUUUGAGGUGUUCACAACCAGAAGAUUCAUUUCCACUAUUAACACAUACUUUUGAUUCAGAUAAUAUUAAAGUUUGUCAGAUACAAAGUACUUGGGAUGACGUGAACAGCAUUGACGCCGCUGGAUUGUAUCCUUGCUCUCUGAAGAGCGACAUUGGAAUUUGA